UUGUCUUUCUUUUUUGUUUCUGUUUUCUGUCUCUUGCAUUUCGCUCUUCUCUUUUAGAAGAACGGAAGCGCUGCAGCGCAAGCCUCUGAGAGAAAGAGAAAGCGAAUUGCUUUUGGAGGAGACCCGGCAGAAAAAGAGCUCCUUUCCGUGAACAGGCAGCUCUUCUGUCUAGAGUGCGUCUUGCGCCUCUUCUGCGCAGCUACUUCUCUCUCUUUUUGAGUCUUGUCGCGCGAGGCAGUUGCGGCGCAAGGCGCUCGGCAGAGAGUCAGGAGAAAGAAGAAAAACAUUUUUUGGGGAAUGCAUUCGCAGAAGCCGGCUCUGCUGAAGAAGGUCUCCAUUCUUCAAGUUUUUCUGAAAUCUCGAUCCCACCGAAGAGAGCUUCUGAAAUUCCGACUUGCGCGUAGUGUGCGCCCAUCAGGAAAGGAGUGCACGGGUGAUUGCUCGUCGUCCGCGCGGGUGCAUAUAUGAGCGCCGCGAGGUUUUUCUUUUUUCUCGAUUUUUUCUUCGCUUUAGCCAGAAUGCUGGCUUCCUCAGAAAACACACAUGCAGCUCUGCCUUCGAGCCUCCGAAAAAAAAUCCGGCGCGGCCCCUUGCCGUUGCGGGUCAUUGCACGAAGUGACCUUCCGCUGCCUCUGUGUCGUGGCUUCCUUGUGCCGCUUUUGUAGACCACAGAAAUCGCAGGAAAUGAGACAGGAGAACGGCUCCACUGACGGGUCAGAGAAUAUGUACUUUUCUCGCUUCAAAGUACGAGGAGGACUUCUUUCACUUAAAGUUGGAGAGGACAACAUUGUGGUCCUUUUCACACGCACUCGUGCUUCUGCGUCUGCUUAUGGACAUGACUCGGCGGUAACCGCUCCGCACUGUCUCUCCUCCUACUGGUGCCGGCCGACAGCAAGCGGAUACGCGCAGGCGCCUUGAAAACGCGUAACGCGCCAAUUCCCCAGACACGCGCAGGCUGCCAAGACUCCGGGGGAAGGACAGAGGCCUUGGACCGAGUUCGUUCACACGCAAACGGCUAGAGACGCCUCAAAAGGCACCUCUUCGGAGUCGACUCCUGGGCAACCAGAGCAGCUCUGGGGUGUACGUACACCUGGUUGCGGAGUUGGGAGAAGACUCAUCCGCGAGGUGUACAUACACCCCGAGUCCGACGGCGUUGGGACGCCAGUUGGCGAACGAGAGAUGGGAGUCUGUUGCAAGGAUCCAUCGUGGCUUUAUCAGUCUUCUAACAACCGGAUUCUUUCUCACUUUCGCAGCGAACACCCCACCCUCCUCCUUUUCUUUGUCGUGUCACACUUCCGUAUCGAAGUUCCGUGGUGAGAGUGUUGGCUAGCUCUGGAAAGGUUCGUGUACGUUUCUCCCCUUUCGUCGACAUUCUUCGGUUUCCUUUCUUAGCGCUGCAGCUCAAUUUUCCACGCCUUCGCAUCUCCUUUUCGGCAACGAAAUCGUGCGCAAAGCAUCAGCAUACUGAGGAAUCCUUGCCUCUUUAAAAGCUUCUCGUCUGACUCCCCACAUCUCGCCUUCUUCCCCGCUAGACAACUUCCUUUUCUCGCCUCUCGCCUUCCUCCAUCACUCCGCCGAUCCUUCGUCUCCUCUUUCCUCUCUCCCUCCUCUAUUUUUGCGUUAGCAUCUUGCUCGCUGCUGCAUUGCAUCGCUUAAUCAGGAACCUACGGAGAGUCCACACCUGUGAGAGCCCCCCUCCGUCCCCCCCCGCGGCUGUGGAUCUGCCGUCCUGGCCCUGUACACCGCCUUUCGUCGCCUUCUGUGCUCUUUUCGCAACUUGACUGAGCACCUUUCAGGCGCCGUAGAAACCAUCUCUUGACAGAUUUGCCGUUCCCUCUCGUUGCCCCCGCCACACCAACUUGCGUCUCGCCGCCCUCUGCGGUUUGGCUGCUCGUCGAGACCCCUCACUUCGCAGUUACUUUUUUCUCUCCGCAGCGCAUGCAGAUUGCUUUGAUGUGCUUUGCAUUCCGCCGCGCAGCGGCUCUCGCACAAAAGACUCACCACGCUUCCUCCACCGCGUUUGCCGUGGUCUCCUCUUCCUCCUCUCUGUCCUAUCCCCCUAACGCUUCCUCUCCGUUAACCUCUCCAUCUCCCUUGUCCUUCGCACACUGCCGUUCUUGGUCUCUCUCGACGGGGCAAGUUCCAGCUUCUUGCGCACCUUCCCCCGGCGUCCUACCUCUUCUGCCGUUCCUUAUUGGGGGGUGUUGGGAAGCUGACGCGAUCUUUUUCUGCGGCUCUCCUCUUCCUCGUUCCCUUUCUGCCUCAGUCUGAAAAUGCCGAACCAGAUCACGAUUUUCACGGAGGCGCACAACAUCGCAUGCGCCCGAGCGAAGCGACUUCUCUCUGACUUGCUCAUUCGCGUACAAGGCGACCUGGGCUCUCCAGAUGGACGCGCCAAGACGGAGACGCGAGGCUUCUCGUCUCCUGGAGCUGCGCAUGCCGUCGCGCCUACUCUCUCGCUGCCCUGCUAUGGGGACCCCGCAUAUGCGUGCGUCUUCGGACUCCCGGGCUCCGGCCUCCGCGAAGAAAUGCGUCGCUGCAGUGACGGCCAGGCUGCUUCUCGCCUAUUCACGGGCGGCGCCUUUGCCUCUUUCGGACGCGAGGCGCGCGUCGCCUGUGGAGGCGAGGAGGCCGGACAGGACCUGAGAGCGUCGUUUCGACGCAUGAACCGGAGUCCAGCGGGGAGGAUGGGGGGAAGAGGAGAGAACAGUUUCUUGCUCACGGACGAAGUGGUGGAGGAGGAGGCAGGCAAGUGGACGCUUGUUGAGAUCUCGCUGACGGACUACCCCGAGAGAAGAGAGGAGCUGCUGCAGCUCUCCAGCAGCUUUCUGCUUCCCCAGGUUUUCUUCAACAACUUUGGAGUGGGGGGCUGGGAGGAGCUCCAGAGACUCGAGCAGAGCGGGGAACUCGAAACCCUGUUGGCGAGCUCCGUCGACAACUACGAGUACAGACAGGCGCCCGCAGUGUCCAGGUCUUUGUGGGAAGACCGCGAAGUCGAGAGGGAACUGCGAACGAAAUACGACUGCUUACAGGGACCAGGAGGAGGUUCCUUGCCAGCGACGCGCCCGUUUUUCGACACACCUCUGUCGCUGUAUCAGCGAAGUUCGAUCGCAGGACGGGUCGAAGCUCGUCGAGCGUCGGAAGAGAACGAAGGCCGCCGCGCCUCCACUUUGAAACAGACUCCGUCUUCUCGCUUUUCUCGACGGUCUCCGCGACACCACACACUGCGUCUGCGGACUGCAUCUGUCACGGCGCAGGGGCCCGGAGACCGCGAGACGGACGGAGAGCCCCGGAGAGAAAGGCUGAAGUUCUCUGCCCUCUUCGGCGAGAAGAAACCAGCAGAAGCUUCCCCACCCUUCUCAGAGGAAGGUGGCGCGGAAGAGACAACUCCCGCGAAAGCCAGCUCUACAUCUGUCUCGCGCUGGACUCUCUCUGUCUCGAGGAAGUGGGUCGAGGAGGAGGACGAGAGACGUCUGAACAGCGCGACAGAGAAACGCGAGGAACCGAAGCGAGAGGGAGAGAUGAGGAAGGACGAGAAGAGGGAGGAAGAGAUGAGAAAGGACGAGAAGAGGGAGGAAGAGAUGAGAAAGGAAGAGAAGAGGGAGGAAGAGAAGAGGGAGGGCACUAAGGAGAGUAGGAACGAACAAGAGAAGAAGAGAGAGGGAAGGAGAGAAGAUGGACGAAGAGAGGAAGAACGAGAACAGAAGAGAAGCAGUGGAGAGGAGCGUGAGGAGGGGAACUCGAAGCAGCCGGAGAGAGAGAAAGAAGGAAGACGAAUCUCAUUUCGAGCUGAGCACAUGUUCGGUGAAGCGGAGAAGGCGCCGACGAGAAGGUCGGUUUCCUCGCCUCAUGUUCCAUGGCCAGCAUCGUGCUCUCGCCUUGCCAGCGUCACGCCUCUCGACCCGAGGGUCCAGGCACCGACGUAUUCCCCGAGAAAGUCUGCCUCGAAGGAAGCAGACGAACUCAAGAAGAGAGAUCCGUUCUACGCGGGCGCCUUCUUCAUUCCGGCUUCUGAGGCAGACGUCAAGUCUGGGAAGUUCUCGAUUUCGACGGAUCCGCACACUGACUGCAAGAUGAAGAAGAUCACCUACGCAGAACUCUUGAAGACGCUGCGAGUGGUUCUCCCUUUCGCCGAUCGCACGGCUUAUCUUCGGACACACAAACAAUGCUUCGUCGCCAGCGAGGCAGUCGAUGCCUUCUGUUCGCAGCUUCACUUCCCUUCGCGGGACUCCGCCGUCCAGUUUGGGCGGGACCUCGUCAGACACUCGGUGAUUCAACUCUCUCAUCAGGACCAUCUCGUCGUCUUUGCGGACUCGCCGUCUCUCCUCUGUCGCCUCCAAAUGCACCAAGAGCCUUUCGUGCUCAACUGGACGGUCAUCUGGACGAAACCAGUCGUUUCGUCUCUCCUCGGACUCGUCAGAUAUCUCUACACGCUCUUCGACGAACUCGAGGCCGCUCACGAGGAGGCAAAGACAAGUUUGAUUGACCAGGCACGGGUUAAGAGCGACGCGAGAUAUCUGGAGUUUCAAAUUGCAGUUUGUGAGUUGCAGACUGUCGAUCUUUUGAAUCUGAAGAGCGAAGGCGUCAAGAAGGCCUUCCUGCUGAAUAUCUACAACCUCCUUUGCAAGCACGCACUCAUCGAGCUUGGAGUCCCGUCUGACAGCAUGUCGCGAAAAACGUUCUUCUCCAGCGUCUCCUACUGCAUUGGAGGCUACAGAUUCACCUUGAAUGAACUCGAAAACGGCCUUCUUCGCUGCAACCGUCGCGCAUGCUACUCUCUCACAAAGCCUUUUGGCUUUCGCGACCAGAGACUGCAAUUUGUUUUGAAUGAGUUUGAUCCGCGCAUCCACUUCGCUCUCAACUUCGGCGCCAAGUCAGGGCCGCCUGUUCGUUUUUAUGAGGCAGAGUCGAUUGAGGAAGAAUUGAGAAUCGCUGCGGAGGCCUUCUGUGAGUCUGACGCGAACGUACUGGUCGAUCUGCCUGGAAAGACGCUCUGGUUGAGCAAGAUUUUCAGUUGGUACGAGAACGACUUCGGAUCGACACAUGUGAAGGUUGCAUUGUUUCUUCUUCCCUUUCUCCAUGGCGAGAAGCGAGAACGCCUCAUUAGCCUCCUGCGAGCAGCGAAGGCCGAUGUUCUUCUGCCUCAAAGUUCGGCUAUCGACACAGGCCCUUUCUCGCGAUUCACCGGCGAAGAAGAACGAUGCAUGCGCGAAACAGAGCUCCCGUCUCCGGCUUCUAUCCUCUCUUCCUCCGCUCUAGCCUCUUCGUCUGCGGCACAGGCGUCCCCGUCGCGCGCGGCUCGCGUUUCGUCUGCCCAGACCGUAGGGGGCGAGGAAAGGUUUGUGCAUGCACCGCCACUGCACGUGUCUUCAUGUCCCUCCACGUUCCACCACACGCUGGCGGAUCUGCAUGGACGGCAGAAGGCGGGAGAAGGCGAGGACGCGACGGCGCCGGGUCCAGCGUCUCCGCGGCCUCACAUGCUUCACGCAAAUAGCGAGCGAGAAGCCGGUUUUUCGCAUGCAACGGCUGUGCCUCCCGGGGGUCCGCCGGCCUCCGAGCCCGCGGGCCCGGGUGUACAUCCACGGGGCCGCGGUGUACUUACACCCGGCGGCGGGAGCACGCCUGGUACGUUUUUCCAGAAACUGUUGACGCGGAGCAAGACUUCGUUAACGAUUGAGGGCAGUCCUCUGGCGCAUGCGGCGAGUCUGUUCAGUCGGUCCGGGAGCUCGAGUUUUCUUCCCGGCUCCGGCGGGGCAACGUUCAAAGUCAAGUAUCUCGACUACGACUGGACGCCGAACAUCGUUGUUUCUCACAAGUACCGGGGGAGUUGGCUGGGUGACGUUGUGGGUCGCGUUCAGACUGUGCUCCCCACGCAGGUGAUCAACAUGUCACUGCAUGCGUACGGCAACUCCCCUGCGCAUGCGGGUCACGACAGCAACAGACCUUCUCUGCAAAGCGAGGAAAGAGACGACAAACGCGGCGAAGCGCAGCCUGCCUCGACCGGCGUGGACGCGCGGCCGCAUGCACGCGUUUCAGACGCGUCGACGGCUCUCGGGCCGCACCGGAAGACGCCUCCUGUAUCGACAGCAAGCGAGAAAGCAGCGGAGAGAGAGAACGGACACACAGAGGGAGAAAACACAACGCAGAGGGGUGAAAAAACGAGCGAGGACACUCGGGAAGCGGCGACGCAUGCAGGCGCGGGGACUGAGGAGGCGGAAAACGUGAGGGGGGUCGCGAGUGCGGGUAAGAAGAAGAAGGGAGAUAGAAAAAGAAGAAGCAACGCAGAGAAGUUGCGAGGGAAGAAGGGAGAGAAGAGAGAAGAGGGGGGAGAAGGUGUGAAAAGGGAAGAACGCAGCGUGCCGGGAAGAAGUGGAUUUCUCAAGGGCCGGAGCAAAGGGGCGCCAGGAGGCAGGGGGAGAGACGCUGGUGACGCGGCGAGGGAAAAGGCGGGAGAAACUGGGGAGCUGGCAAAAAGCGAGGAAUCCUCGUCAGAGGGGAUUGUUCUCGGAAGCGCGACACCCGCGGAGUUUCAACAGAAGAAAAAAGGAUGACCCAGACAACUCAAAGAGAAAUUCCACUUGAAGACUGCAGAAAAGAAAUAAAAAAGACUCUUCUCGCGUUCACAAGCGUGCCGCCGUCUCUUCUUCACAUGCACUGUAGACCAAGUGGAAUAGGGGGAGUUGUCGGGGGGCGGAUGCAGCGCCCUACCCCUCAAACACACAUGCAUAGAACGAAUUAAUAGCAUUCUAUGUUUUCCUGGUUUGACACUUUUUAUAAGAAAACGUAAACGGCCUCCCCAAUCCGAUAGUUAUGCCUGUUCACAUGCUCACCCAUGUAUAUACGCAUAUACAGGUGACUGUGUAACUAAGUCCUCACGCACUCUCUACACAUAUGCAUGCUGCGUACAAUAUAUAUAUAUAUAUAUAUACGUUUUCCUCUCCACUGUCUCUUCAGUGGAGAGUGGAGAGAAUGCUGGAGUAACGGUUCCCUGAAUACCACUUUCGGUGUGUGUUCUUUAUUUGGGUGGAGGACAGUUAUGUUUUUCGGCAUUUUGGGGAAGAACUCGGUGUCACACUUACAGCGUGUAUUGCCACUGGGCAAGAGUUCCAAUUUCUCAAACUGUGCCCAUUUAAAUUUGCAAGCGAUAAACACCUCCACGGACGCCCACUUGAGUGAUCGACCAUCACAAACAGCUGCGGCCGCGUCGUGGGCAUCGUUUCGUACCACACUC